UCCCUGAUGCCUCAGCCGUACGCUCUGACAAGGACUCAGAGCAGCGCUUGUGUCUGGAUUCACAGCCCAGCCCUGAGGGGCUGGCAGAGACUCCGUGUGGGGAGGGGGGUUUUCUGUCGUGAGCCCAGAGGGGUCGAGGGGGCAGGUCGGAGCAGACAGCGACUGCAGAUUGUCCCUUCCAAGCCCCGCCAGAAGCCGACGUCGCUGGGCCAUUUCCAGCCCUCUCGGUUCCUGCCACAGCCCCGAUGCUCCUGUCUCUGUUCCUCUUGCUGUUCGCGCUGAGCCCCAGCAGCCAGGAGAUCUGCUCAGCUCCCGGUGCUCUCCCUGCCUCCAUCCUCUACCUGAGCCAGACGUCGGCCCGGCCGGAGGGCUCCGUGCGGCUCCAGUGCUCCAUUGUCUCUGGGGCCCAGGCCACCCGCAUCGUCUUCUGCAAGGACGGGGAGGAAGCUUCAUCCCAACCAGGCUCCCUGGGGAAACUCAGCUACGACUUUGACCACGUGGUGUCCAGGGGCAGCUCUGGGAAUUACUCCUGUGGGUACGAGAUCAAGGGCAGCGACAACCAUGUGACCAGAUCCCAGCUCAGCCCUGCCCAGCACCUCAGUGUCACCGAUGAUCUCCCUGCCCCCAUCCUCUACCUGAGUCAAACAUCCGUUCGGCCAGGGGACUCCGUGCAGCUCCAGUGCUCCGUGUUCUCCUGGGUCCGGGCCACCCGCAUCAUCUUCUACAAGGACGGGGAGGAGGUUUUGUCCCAGAUGGGUUUGAAGGAGAAGAUCACGUACGACUAUGUCCAUCUAGUGUCCAGGGGCAGUUCUGGGCAAUACUCCUGUGGCUACGAGAUCAAGGACAGCGAGAGCCGGGCAAUCAGAUCCCAGCUCAGCCCUGCCCAGCACCUCAGUGUCACUGGUGACGGCUCCAGCAGUGGUGGUGCCGGGGUUUCCUCCCCGCCAGGACUGGCCUUGUCCCCUGCCAUCUGGGCUGCCCGCUGCAUCCUGGUCCUGCUGCUCCUCGUGUCUGCGCCCAUCAUCACCUUCGUGCUCGACAAACAGGGCCUGCCCAAGCCUGCAGGGCCAGAGGAGGCUUGUGGGGGCAGUGGCAGCAUUUCUGGGGAAGGAGACAAUGGGGGAGCCUCACUGAACAUCUAUGAGUAG